AUCUUGUUGGGGCGGAGUCGUUUCAAUAGACGGUCAGCCAACACAAGGAAAGUCACCCACACUACUUGCUGCAUGAGCUCGUAACUUGUAUUUUAACGAGAAGAGUUAUUAUUCGACAGAAUUUCUCCAGUCGAGGUUGAUCCGUAUUCCACCGCUGCCAACAUGUCGGAUUUAGAGAGACUGAAGAUGACCGGCGCUGGGAAAGCUAUCGCCUUGUUGACAAGUGGCGGAGAUGCACAAGGGAUGAAUGCAGCUGUCCGCGCUGUGACCCGGAUGGGGAUAUUUGUUGGAGCCAAGAUGUACCUCGUAUAUGAGGGCUACCAGGGUCUGGUGGAUGGAGGGGACAACAUCAAGCUGGCCCACUGGCAGAGUGUCACCAACAUCAUACAGCAGGGUGGCACGGUGAUCGGCAGUGCUCGUUGUAAGGUCUUCACCACGCGGGACGGUCGCCUGGCAGCAGCCUUUAACCUGGUGAAGAGAGGCAUCGCCAAUCUGUGUGUGUGUGGAGGAGACGGCAGCCUCACCGGAGCUAACAUCUUCAGGACCGAGUGGACUGGACUGCUGGCUGAACUGGUUCAGAAAGGCCGGAUCACUGACACCCUAGCGAAGCAGCAUGAUCACCUGAACAUCGUAGGGUUGGUUGGAUCUAUAGACAAUGACUUCUGUGGGACAGACAUGACCAUAGGAGCUGACUCCGCCCUGCAUCGCAUCAUGGAGAUAGUGGACGCCAUCACUACCACCGCACAGAGCCACCAGCGUGCAUUUGUCCUGGAGGUCAUGGGUCGUCACUGUGGGUAUCUAGCGUUGGUGUCUGCUCUGGCCUCCGGAGCAGACUGGCUCUUCAUCCCAGAGGCUCCACCAUUAGAGGGCUGGGAGGACCACAUGUGUGCCCGCCUGGAGCAUGUGAGACUGGGACUAAGAGCUCAGGGUCCAGCGUUUUGGGGAUUCACCACUUCAUCGUCGAAAUGA